AUGUCUGGACGUGGUAAAGGCGGAAAGGGACUCGGCAAGGGAGGCGCUAAGCGCCACCGCAAAGUGCUUCGUGAUAACAUCCAGGGAAUUACCAAGCCUGCUAUUCGGCGCUUGGCUCGUCGUGGUGGCGUUAAGCGUAUCUCCGGCCUCAUCUACGAGGAGACCCGCGGGGUCCUCAAAGUGUUUCUGGAGAAUGUGAUCCGCGACGCCGUAACCUACACCGAGCACGCCAAGCGUAAGACUGUGACUGCUAUGGAUGUGGUUUACGCGCUGAAACGCCAGGGGCGCACCCUCUACGGCUUCGGAGGUCGAUGGCAGAUUUACGUGCUGCUGGGUGCCAUCUGCUCUCAGGAAAGUUAUUUGGCGCCGGAUUCCGGCGCACAAAAUGGCGGGGAGGGCGAGGAACAAAGAAAGCCCGCGUCCUGGUGCCAGCAGGAAAGGCCCGAGACAGACGAGUUUGAGCGAAGGUUGCUGCCGGGCAGGGGGCGGGUGCACUGCCGUUCGGACUGUCUCACUGUCAAGCCUCUGAGCAUUUACUUAGCAAGUGGUAGGAGCAGGAUGGCUCGUACCAAGCAGACCGCUCGUAAGUCCACUGGCGGCAAGGCGCCGCGAAAACAGCUAGCCACUAAAGCCGCUCGCAAGAGCGCACCGGCUACUGGUGGCGUAAAGAAGCCUCAUCGCUACCGGCCAGGUACUGUGGCACUGCGCGAGAUCCGGCGUUACCAGAAGUCCACUGAGCUGCUCAUCCGCAAAUUGCCGUUCCAGCGUUUGGUGCGCGAAAUCGCGCAGGAUUUCAAGACCGACCUUCGUUUCCAGAGCUCUGCUGUGAUGGCCCUGCAGGAAGCGUGCGAGGCCUACCUGGUGGGGCUUUUCGAAGACACCAACUUUGCCUUAAAAAUCAUUAUGUCGGGACGUGGUAAGGGUGGGAAAGGUCUUGGUAAAGGAGGAGCAAAGCGGCACCGAAAGGUUCUGCGUGACAAUAUCCAGGGUAUCACUAAACCUGCCAUCCGGCGUUUGGCUCGGCGUGGUGGGGUCAAGCGUAUUUCAGGUCUCAUCUACGAGGAGACUCGCGGGGUGCUCAAGGUAUUUCUGGAGAAUGUGAUCCGCGACGCUGUCACCUACACUGAGCACGCCAAGCGCAAGACUGUCACUGCUAUGGACGUGGUCUAUGCACUUAAACGCCAGGGUCGCACGCUUUAUGGCUUUGGUGGUUAG